CUUUGAUUAUUGAUGGGCGUUUGAAAGAUUGAAAAAGGUCUACCGUGUUAUCGAGGAUAGCAGAAAACGCUUUGACAAAACAAGCACCGCGACGCAGCUGAAUCAAAUUCACGCCAAAACAAAAAAGUUGAGAGAGAGAGAGAGAGAGAAUGGGGAAAAGACAAAUCCCAGACCCUCCCAACUUGAAGAAAUACGGCGUUCCAUUCUACUCCGUUGCUUGGAUUCCUCAACAUCUUAUCAAAUCGCGCCAAAUUCAAACUGCCGAUGAUUCCUCCGACUCCGAUCAUAACUCUGCGCUCUCCACCGAACCGGAGUCAGAGCCCGCGACUAAGGCGGAGUCGGAGCCUGCGUCGGUCACCGGUAACUACCUGCUGUUCACCGGUGGCGGUGGAGCAGGUCGCAGUGGUAUUCCUAAUGCUUUGGUGAUUGCGCACUUCGAUAUUGCAUCCAAUUCUCUCUCCAGCCAACCGGUGUUUAAGUUAGGAACUGAUUCCGAAUUGCCUUAUAGGAUGGCACUUCAAUCCCAGGGUGAUGGCCUUAUUUGUGCAAUGGAAACGCCAAAGGUUUGCAGAUGGUUUGACUGGGAUUAUCAAAACAAGAGCUCUGAAAUUCAUAAGUUGAGUCUGAAGAUGUCAGAUAAAGUGCUCACGCAGUUGGAGGAUGUUGGACAGCAAUUAGCAUUAGCAUUCAACAAGGAGGGUACUGCACUAGCUGCUGGUGGGGAGGAUGGAAAUAUAAGGGUUUUCAAGUGGCCUAGCAUGGAAGUUAUUCUCAACGAGUCUAAUGCUCAUUCUUCUGUGAAGGAUUUACAUUUCAGUUCUGAUGGUAAAUUACUUGCCUCUUUGGGAAGUGGUGGCCCCUGCAGAGUUUGGGACGUUUCUUCAUCAAUGGUCUUAUCUACUCUACCAAAUGAAAAUCGUGAAACUUUUAGCUCUUGCAGAUUUUCUCAAACAAAUGACAAGACUCAAGUCUUGUAUAUUGCUGCCAUGACAGAUAAAGGUGGAAGCAUCCUUACCUGGAAUACACAAACAUGGGAAAGGAUGGGCUCAAAGCAUAUUAUUCGUGAUGCAAUCUCUGCAUUUAAUGUCUCAGCUGAUGGAAAGAUUCUUGCAUGUGGAACACCUUCAGGAGACAUUGUAAUUGUAAAUUCAACAAAUAUGCGAAUUCAGACAAUGAUAAAAAAGGCUCACCUUGGCAUUGUAACUGCUUUAGCAUUCUCCCCUGAUUCAAGGGCUUUGGCUUCGGUAUCCAUGGAUUCAAGUGCAAGGGUAACAAUAAUUGAAGAGAAGAAGACAAAUGGAGGGCUGAGCUUGUGGAUUGCAGUAUUUAUCAUCCUACUUGCUAUUGCUGCUUACUUUCUCCAGCAAGGACUUGAAAAAUGAAGAAUUGAGCAGUUAUUCAUUACUUGCUCGCUAUUUUGAUGUUAUUUGUUAUGUAGCUUUUCAGUGAGAAAUACCCCAAAGGCACGGGUGUAGUCAAUAGUCCAUAAACUAAUAAAUAUUUGCCAUAAGGUGUGUGAUUACAUAUUA